AUGAAUGCAAUUUCUGUAAUAUCUAAAUGGUACAAUGAAGCUGUUGUACCAAGAAACAAAGUUCAAGGCCUUAUUAAUGAUAUAAAUGUAUUUAAUUCAAAUUGUAUGGAAGUAUUGAAAAAUAAAGUAUUAAACACUUUGGAAGGAAACAAAAGUGAUUUAAUUUCAAUUCCUGAAAUAUCAGAUAUGUUUAAUGUUAUGAACAAACCUUUUAUCAAUCUAGAAUCAGAGUAUAAAUAA